AUGGUGGGGGCGCCCGGCCUCAGCGGCGGCGCGGACGGCGGGCUCCGCGGGGGCCCGGGGCCGAGGCCGGAGCGCGGGGGGCGAGGGCCGGGGGCCGCAGCCGCAUGCCCGGCUCACAGCCCCCCUGGCCGGGCGGGAGGAGCUGGCGGCUGCGCUGGCCGGCGCCCCGCCACCACCAUCCCUCCCGCAGUGCUCGCAGCCGAGUCCCGGGGCUGCCGGGGGAUCGCGGCUCGGGACGGCCCCGGCGGGCGGCUCUGGGCCGGGGAGGGGCGGGCUCCGCGCUGGGGCCGCGACUUGGGCUCCGGGACGCGCCGCCACACUCUGCCCUCCGCCUCCGCCCCUUCCCUUCCUCCCUCCGGCCCGCCAGGCUCCACUUUCCUCCCUCCUCUCUCCUCCCCUUCUCCCCCCUCUAAGCCCCCGCCCGGCUGCCACACGGUCAGUUUACGGCGGGGCGGGGCGAACUCCGGGCCGGGCCAGCUCCGCCCCGAGCGGGGACCCGCCCGGGGACGCGGAGCCCGGGGCUCCCAGGUGCAAGUCCCUUACGCCGCGCUUACUGGGGGCCCCCCCGGGGGAGCGAAGACGCUAAGGAGGGUCUCGCUCUGCUUUCUUAGCAGCCUGGCGCCACGGGGAAAGACGGGCACGCUCCAAGGGGCGAACCGUGAUUACUUUGAAUUGCUAGACUUCGAGACGGAGAGCAGGUAUGGUGAGAUCCUGCCUUGGCCGCCUGGCUCUCCCAAAGUCGCACCUCCAGCAGCGCGAUCGCCCCGAGGAGAGACGGAGGCGCCUGCGGGUGUAGUAAGGAGACGCGCUGGAUCUCGAAGGGAGGGCAUGUGGGGCGUGGAGGCACAUGUAAAGCCCACUUUUCCCUCGCAAGCACUUUGCCGUUUUCGAGGAUUCGAGCCUGGACGAUAUGCCGCUAGCCUUCCUCAUCCCUCGCGGUUUCCGUGAAGUUAAACUGAUAAACUCAGAAACAGGACUGCACCUGGAAAGUGCUGCAAUCAAGUCUGCCCCUAUCCCAUCCCACCUGGUAGUUCCCAGCCUGCCCAGACCUGCCAUAAGCCGCUGAGUCCCAAAUGAUGACAACAUUCUUCCAUGCUCCAUUAUCUUAGAACUAUUUUGCAAAUGCCUUUUCUAAUUCCUCUGAAGCUUUUUGUUUCUAGUUUGUGCCUUUUACCCUGUCCUAGAACUCUUCAUUUCAUUAUGCUGGGGGAUGGAAGUGCCCUUCAAAUGCUUUGCCUUCCUCUAAGGGGCAGAGUCAGGGUGUAUAGAUGCACCUGCUCAGAAAGGGAGACCCGCAGCAGUGCCCAAGGUGUCUGGAACGGCUUCCCUUCUGCUGGGAGCACAUCCCAUUGCCAAUCACUGCUGAGCUGCCGGGCCCAAAGGAGACCCCUGGUUGGCUUGGGGUUCACUCUCAAGGUUUGAGCAAGGAUAACCCAGAGAAAUGUUAUGUGUCUUCUAGUGUUAAAACAAGGUUAGUUCUUCAAAAAGUUAAACACAGAGGGGCACCUGGGUGGCUCAGUCGGUUAAGCCUCCGACUUCAGCUCAGGUCAUGAUCCCACAGUCUGUGAGUUCGAGCCCCGCGUCAGGCU